AUGAAGAAAAAGUCAGAUAAAUUUGCAAAUGAGCACGUAGCAGAGCCUUCAUCCUCAUCUUCGGGAAAGAACAAGAAGAAAGAUCCAUCCUUUAAAUUCGUGGAUAUGACCAGCGAAUGGGAGCCUUGUAUGUCCAAUAUUAGAAAAGAGAAGAAGUACUUUCAGUUGAGAAAGCAAUUGAAAACAUGCGAGAACUUUCAACAAAAUUACUUUGUGAUCAGCAUGCCAAAGAAGAGAAAGAUGAGCAAUACAUGCAAUGAUGAUGAGGACGCUACUGAAGGUGAUGCCAUCGAGCAAGAAGAACAAUAUGCUGGACAACAAGGCGUCUCGUUAGCGAUGCAUCAACAACCAAUGAGCCAUGCUUCAUCAUCACAUUACCAACCACACUCUCAACCUCUCAUUCAUAUUCAACAACAUCAAGUACCGAUGAUGAGCACAAACAAUCAAACAACUGCUCCAUCAAAGCCUACUGCAUCAACAUCUCAAACCAAUGCCAAUCAGGACAUCUCUAAAGCCAAUAACAAUGGCACUACAAAUAUUAUUAAUACCAAGAACAUUCUCAGAUUUGAUUGUCCUAGUUUAAACCAGCCAUCAUUAUCCAUCACCACUGCCUCUAAACCUCCUCCUGUCGUUCAACAGCUUCCUAACGGUCUCAUCCAAUACAACAAUGUUCAAAUUAGUACUUGCAACGAGGAAGAAACACAAAAAACAAAGAAGAGAAAAACUACAAACAAAAAAGAGAUUGCCCAACCUUCUCUGUCAUCCUCCGAUUUGAACAAUACUACGAGCGUCCAACAAUUUACACGUGCAAGCAACACGCCAUAUGGAUUUUUAUCUCCUCCAACAUCGUUGUCAUGCUCCACUCAGUAUUUAAAUUCUCACCAACAAAGGAACAAUCAGAUUGCUCAAGCGCCACAAACCUCAGAGCCUGUAAUUACCAAUGUUCAAUAUGUAGAUUUUGGUCAAAACAAUUUUGUUUUAAGUGAACCUUUUUCUAAUGCUGAAUCAAACGCAAAGGUUUUAGACGUUGAGGAUUCUCUUUCUUUCUCCUUUUCUGAACCAUUUGUUGGAGAAGACGAAGCUCAAUUUGAUUUGCCAGAUAUUGAACUUUUUGGUAGCCUUGAUUUUCUUCCUAGCACUCCAGUUUCCACAGGCUACCAUGAUGUAAAGUUAUGA